UAGCAAAUCGUGAGAUCCUAUGUCUAUGUCUCCUCCUUGAAGCCUUCUGGAAUAUGAUACUUAUAUGUCAGGAAAUAUCGGCAUGAAUACUAAGAGACGUUAACUCACUGUUAUUAGGCAGUUUUCGUCCUAAUUUUGCAGUGUGAAAUUGUGAGUUUUCUUUUCAGGAAAUUCUGAACUCUCGAAGUCAAUUACCGCGAGAUUUCAAACGAGAUGUAAAAAAUCAACAGAAAAGUUUUUGACUAAAAAGUACUAUUUUAUCAAUUUAUUGCUCUUCCAGAAGAGUUAUAAACGGUUUCACCUUCAAAAUAGUGGAGAAUGCCUGCAGCUCCUCCAAAGACUCCUUGCAGGCAUGAGGUGAGGACACCAUCAGAGGGGGUGACUCUACAGAAGACUGUAUUCAUAGGCUACACUGAUGUCUUGGCUGCAGGAAGCCGGGCCUUGUUAGGCAUUGACACAAAGCAAAUGAAAAUUGAAUAUGAUGAGCUGAAUAUCCCAGAUCUGAACAAUUUACAACCUGCUGUUACAAGAGGCAUAGAACCUGACCCUACAGAGAAAGAUUUCCUCCACUUACAGAUAUUGAACCACAAGUAUGAGCAGUGCUCCCUUGUUAUUGUCAACACAGUUGUGCCAGCUGACAAGUGCCAUGUAGUCGCCAACAAAAUCAUGGAUAUGUGUUCUAGAGGGGGUACAGAGAGAAUAUUUCUGCUUAGUGCUGUUCCAGUCAAUCUGCCCAAGUCACUUUCAUCCCGUGCAUCAAACCCUUUGUUUGAGAACUGCAGGUUCUGUGAACCAGCCACAAUGUAUGAAUCUCUCCCCAUUACUACACUAAUCCACGACCAUUUCCUCAACACAAUGCUACAGCUGAUCAAUGUAGAGGGAAUCCCAACAUCUGUUCUCAUUAUCCCUGCCACUAGAGGGCGUGGUGGUAGAGCGUCAAAAGAGGAUGGGUCAGCUCAGGCUAUAGCACUUUUCCAUGAUACAAUGCACAGAUUGAUGAGGUUCUCAUUCAGCUUAGACAUCAGUUUGUCUCUGGUUUACAACCAGUUAGAUAGCAACACAAAGGAGAACAGAGCUAUGAUAUAUGCAUAAACGUAGGAGCAUGCAGGAUUUGAACUGUUUAGGCCUCUUUCUGGAGACUUAAUGAUCCUGUAUGCAUAUAUGUGGUGCUUUUCUUUGAAGACAUCAACUGCUGCAAUAAUAUUGAAUUGAAUAAGUGAUCAAAAGUCAAGGGAGGAAUGAUACGUACUGUAGAAAUAUGGAUGUAUCAGUGAAGGAGAAAACUUGUCCUUACAUAUAUCUUUUCUGUGAUAUUUACUACUGCCAUCUUUAAAUGGCUAUCUUUUGUAAAAAUGAAAUCAUGUAAUAUAUCAUCAGACAUAGUACAGUUUAUCCCAUACAUGUACUUUGUGGAUUUAGGGAAAAUAACAUUUUAGAGGGAUGUAUUAUGGAAUAAAUAGGUUAUUUCUGGUCGGGAUGGAAUAUUGUUUUUAUUCCUCGGA